UCUUUUAUUACCACUGUGGUCUGAGUGAAAUGUCCCCAUGUGAUCCUAAGUUAAUAUAUGGUUCUACCCAUAUAAUUCUAAUUGUACUGACAAUCCAUUUUAAAAUUAAUUAUUUAUAAACCUUUACUUCUUUCUGAAAAAAUUAUCUUCUCUUUCCAUUCUGGGGUUUAAUAUCAAACUUACAGAAAGAGAUACAUUCACAAAAGGCAAAAGUAAAGUUGAGGGGGGGAGAGAAAUGGGUAAAAUCAGCUUGAAUGGUGUUUUAAAAGAAUUCCAAUUUUUAAUAUUUUUCUUUCUCAUUUUUGCUUCAUGAACUGCCAGUGUAAUUCAGUAGGGCCUUUGAUCAUUUACUGGCCUGCUACCAAUUUCAUUUUGAUUUACCUUGGCGGCAUGAAGCAUGGAGUGUUUCCUCAUUGACAACUUAGGUAAAUCUCAGGAGUUCAUUCACCUUUUCUUUGUAGUAGGGUCAAAUAUUUAAUUUUCUUUAAUAAACAUAUCUGAUGAUGUGGAGGAAAUAUCCCCUUUUCACCUGGGGUUAUUCUCUAAGCUGCUUGUAGUUCAAAUUUAAAUUUGAAAAAGGUGCCCAAAACCUUUAUAAGAGCCUGGGUGCUGUUUCCAUUUGUACACUCUUGAGGUACAAAGCUUCUUUGUAAGUGUUUAAAACAACAGUGAGGACAAGCCUAGGGAAUACAUUUCAAAUACUGCUGUAUCUUUUCUGGGAAGCUGUUUUUAUAAAAAGGCAAAAUGCUAAAACUUAAAAAUGCAGUUUGACUUGUAUAUGACUUUCAGAAAAUAAAUGCUGAUGUUUUAUACUUGAAAUUGUUUUAUCUGGAAUUGUCUCCGCUGCUGGACCUAUGAACAGAAGCUCAGCAGUUCUGAGAGAACAGAAGUUCUGCAGAUAGCUCAAAGUUCAGACUGCACUCUUGCAAAAGUAUUGACACGGCUGUGAACUAUCCAGGUUUAAAUGUUAUCUCUCCUUGUUACUUGUGGCAGCUAAAUUUUUUUAAUGCUUAAAUUCCCCCAGGCUACCCGGAACAGGAGUGUACUUGCAACAUGCUUGCCAGUGCCAGGAGAAACAGGAAUUGGUUGCUACAUUCCCCGUGCACUGUUAUAUUCCAGUAUAUAUUUGUUAUGAACAACUUGCAAAACAAAACAAGCCAGUUUGGAAUUAUCUUUGAGUUGUUUGUGAGGCUUAAAUAUACCAAGUAGGCUGAAGAUUAGAGCCUUUCUUACAAAGAAUAGCACCUCUGUUCCAGAUAAUGAGAAUGAAACAAAACAUGUUGCACAGCCUGUGAGCUGCUCCAGGUGAGUGGUAGGAAUUUAUAGAGUUUUAUAAUACUUUUAUGAUACCACUAGGAAUGUUUUAAUACUUGUUCUGAGGAGACCCAACAGCUCUUUGCGUCUUGAGAAGGUUUAUCAACAUAACGUGACAGUCACUGUAGGAGAUAAAGACCUUUUAUGCUCAGUUGUCUGAAAGGUGGAGUUCUGUGAUAACACAGAUUAAAUAAAUAAAUAAGUGCUGGUUUAUAGGGGCUUAUUUAACUAAUGAGCUCCUCCCGAGCGUGAUAGCGGUGUGGUAUAAGACAGCAGCUGAGUGUAGGGUGCAAAGUGGAGUGUGAACUGCCCUGAGAAUGCCGGUCCUGGAGGCAGAGCAGUGUUCCGAGGAGAAGGCAGCGGCGAUGGCAGAGGCGCCUCCAUCCCCCUCCCCUGCCGAGCCCGGCGCUCCGGCAGCUCCUCCCGACGCCGUGCGCGGGGUGGAGCCGCGGCCGCGCUCCCCGGGCCCGGAGCGGCCCUCGGAGCCGGCGCAGGGAGCCAUGGCCCGUGGGGAGCGGGAGAUGUACGUCCGGUUCUCGGGCCCGGGGGAGCCGGCGGAGGAGGAGGAGGCGGCAGGGCCGGCGGGCGGCGGGCGCUGCGGCUGCGGCGGGGAUGGAGCCGCCCUGCGCUGGUGCAUCACCGGGGCGCUGUGCGCGGCGUUCCUGGGGUUGGGGAUGAGCAUCGCGGUGCUGGGUCCCACCUUCCCCAACCUGGCCGCCAACGUCGGCAAGAACGUCAGCGACAUCUACUACAUCUUCGUGGGCCGGUCCCUAGGAUACCUGGGCGGGUCGGUGAUCGGCGGGGUGCUCUUCGACUGCAUGAACGCCAGUCUCCUGCUUGCAUUAUCCAUGGUUGCAACAACGGUUGGUCUUUAUGGGAUACCCUGGUGUAAGGACUCCCUGCUGUUAACUGCCUUGAUGUCAGUUAUUGGAGGCUCCAUGGGAAUUCUGGACACAGGUGGCAAUGUACUGGCACUGAAUACCUGGGGAGCAGAGGCUGGGCCACACAUGCAGGCCUUACACUUCAGUUUCGCUGUCGGUGCAUUUGUGGCUCCAAUCCUGGCUAAAAUGGCCUUGGGAGGUUCCGAAUCUAAAGAACUUCCAGUGGUUGAAAAGACAAACCAAUCUGUCCUGAAGUCUGUGCCAACAGCAUCAGCUGCAUCAGCUACACCAGCACUGCAGGACCAUCUUGAGGAAGACUUUUUGUGGUCCUAUGUUGUCAUAGGGACCUAUCUUCUCUUAGUUUCCCUCUUCCUUUUUGUUUUGUAUUCAAAGGGCAGCUCAGCUCGAGACAAAUCAAAGACUUCUCAGCAGAAGGACAAGCUUGCCAAAUACCACUGUGCUCUAAUUGGUCUCCUGUUCAUAUUCUUUCUUUUCUAUGUGGGAGCAGAGGUCACUUAUGGCUCUUAUGUAUUUACUUAUGCAGUGGUCUUUGCUGAGAUGAAAGAAAGUGAAGCAGCUGCUUUGAAUUCUGUCUUCUGGGGUACGUUUGCUGCUUGCAGAGGACUGGCAAUAUUUGGUGCUGCUUUCUUGUACCCUGGCACCAUGAUCACACUCAGUCUUGCAGCAUCUGCUGUCUCCUCUUCAGCCUUGGCCUUCUUUGCACAUUAUCGAGCCUCCCUGUGGGGGGGAACUGCCGUGUAUGGAGCAUCAAUGGCUUCUGUCUUCCCCAGUGGCAUUUCCUGGAUAGAACAGUACACGGUCGUGGAAGGAAAAUCGGCUUCUCUGUUUGUGGUUGGUGCUGCGCUGGGUGAGAUGUGCAUUCCUGCUGUGGUGGGGUAUCUCCAAGGCAGGUUUCACCACAUUCCCGUGGUUAUGUACGCUGCCUUCGUGUCUUCUGUAAUGACAGUUGUACUCUUCCCAGUGAUGUACAAAUUGGCCACCUCUCCCCGUGAGAAUGACUUGAAAGAAGUGAGUGACAGCGAGACCCAGAAAGCUUUGUUGUCAAACUCAAGGCUUACGGAGGAUGAAGAGGAUGAGGAUGAUGAUGAGGAUGUGAGAGAGUGGAACGAAGCAGACUUUGAGGUAAUAGAAAUGAAUGACAAGCUCAAAAACUCUCUGACAGACACCUCCCAGAAGAUACCAAGGGACUUUCCAGCCCAAGUCACUCUCCAGCCCCCUCUGGACAAUGUAUCAGGUGAUUCUCCAGUGGUUGCUGGUGGCUCCCCUGGGAGACAAAAUGGGAAUGUUGAGUGGGAGAAGAGUGAUUAAAGUCAAAGCUGACUUUCUUUUUUUAAAAUGGAAAUUCGGCCUGCAGCGAUGUGUCUCAGAGUGGGCAGGUCCUCAAUGAUGUGAAUGGGGUACCGUGAUAAAUGUGUAGGCUAUGCUGAAACUGUUAAAAUGUUAAGAGAUGUUUUCUAAGUGUGAGGCAUGCAUCCAAGUAUGAUAUGCUGUGAUAACUGGGAAAGAAGGGGACUGCUCAGACUACUCAGUUUUUUGGGAUUGGUGAACAGUGCAGGUCCAAGGUGCUUUGUCACAAAAUGUUUUCACGAGAGAGGAGAGAGAACUGUUAUCUGUUACGCUGAACUUCCUUACCUUGUGAAAGAGGAAUAUUUUUAUUGCAUUUGAAAGUUGUGUGUGAUCAGGAAAUCAGUUAAAAUUUCAGGUGAUGCCCAGCGGCUGUAAAUUGAAUAACCUUUUGGCAAAAUAUAUAGAUUCCUGGUUCCAUCACUAAGAUGAGAAAAAACUGGAAAUUAUUUCUUGGGAGUGGAACCAUGCCUUUGGGUCACUUCAAAGCAGUUUAUGGGAAGAGGCACAAAAUGGGUCAUUGUUAAUCUGCUCUAAUGCACAACUCUGACUUAUUGAACAGUGGUGACAAAUAUAAAUAAUCUAAAAUAUUUGUGAUUUUAAUUACGGCACCACCACUGAAAUCAACAAAUAUAUGUAGAAGAUGAUAAAAUUAUCAUAGAAUCAUAGAAUGGUUUCUGUUGGAAGGGACCUUAAAGAUCACUUAGUUCCAACCUUCCACUAGAUCAGCUUGCUCAGAGCUCCAUCUAGCCUGGCCUUGAACACUUCUCUGGGCAACCUGCUCCAGUGCCUCAACACCCUCACAACAAAGAAUUUUUUUCCUAAAAUCUAAUCUAAACCUACUUUCUUUUAGUUUGAAUCCAUUCCCCCUUGUCCUGUCACUACAUGCCCUUGUAAAAAGUCCCUCUCUGUCUUUCUUGUUGGCUCCCUUCAGCUAAAAGAUUACUUAAUAUAUGGUAUUGGCAUAGGGAUGUGUUAAUUUUAAGCCAGUUGUUUAAAUUAAAGUUACAACAACUUCUCUGGUUUCCUGUGCCAAGACUUUCACGAAGUAAUGUGUUAAAAAGAAAAUUUUAGAAGGAGAGGGAAUUAUCAAUGAGACAAACCUUUCCGGUUGUACUGUAUGACUACUUGCCCCUGGCCAGUUGGAUUGGUGCCAUUUGGAUUUCUGUGGGGGAUGAUAUUAGCAGAGAAGCUGUGGCUUAUAUGUGUAGGUUCAUUGCUGCUAAGCAGGAAGCCCUGGGCAGGAGCAGUCACACCAAUGAGCCCUUGUAAGAGGGGAAAAAAAAAAAAAAGCAUUAGUAGCCAAUGGCAAAACCUGCCUCUCAACAAAUUUGGAAUUUCAAGUUGAUAGAUGCCAAGAUUACUGUUAAGUGUUGUAUUUUUUAAGGAUGUGUUAUCAGAAUGUGCUCAUGUUUGGUUUUCUUAAACUAUGCACUUUUACUAGUAUUUUUCUUGCUAAGGGGUUUUCAUUUACUAACAAAAGAGCUCUAGGUGUAACACAGGUGCCUAGGUGGCCAAGAAGGCCAAUGACAUCCUGGCCUGGAUCAGGAACAGUGUGGCCAGCAGGACCAGGGAAGUGAUUCUUCUCCUGUACUCAGUGCUGGUGAGGCCACACCUGGAGUCCUGUGUCCAGUUCUGGGCCCCUCAGUUCAGGAAGGAUAUUGAGGUGCUGGAGCAGGUCCAGAAAAGAGCAGUGAGGCUGGGGAAGGGACUCGAGCACAGGUCCUUUGAGGAGAGGCUGAGGGAGCUGGGGCUGUUCAGCCUGGAGAAGAGGAGGCUCAGGGGAGACCUCAUCACUCCCUACAGCUCCCUGAAAGGAGGUUGUAGUGAGGUGGGUGUCAGUCUCUUCUCCCAGGCAACCAGCAGUAGGACAAGAAGGCACAAUCUUAAGCUGUGCCAAAGGAGUUUUACAUUGGAUAUUAGGAAGAAAUUCUUUACAGAGAGGGUCAUCAGACAUUGGAAUGGGCUGCCCAGGGAGGUGGUGGAUUCACUGUCCCUGGAGGUUUUUAAGAUGAGGCUGGACGUGGCACUUAGUGCCAUGGUCUAGCAACUGUGGUGGUAGUGGAUCCAGGGUUGGACUGGAUGAUCUCGCAGGUCUUUUCCAACUCAGCUGAUUCUAUGAUUCCAUGAUAGCACAGAACCUUAGAUGUUCCCUGUAUUUGAGGUCUGUUUUUGUUCCUUCUCUCAUCCUCCAAAUGUGCAACCUAGAAUUGCAUGGCUUUUUCCUUUCCUCUGAGAAGUUAGUGAGCAGCUGGAAUCAAUGUGCAGUGAAAAUGCCUAUUUUUUUUUUUUUGUUUGCAUCUUGCCAUGUUGCAGGGUGUCUCCCUCCCUCUGCCAUCGGUACUUAAAUGCCAUUGUGGUUUUGCCAGAUUCCUUCCGUGGCAAUUUUUCCAGUGCAAUGCAUAAACCUGCACUUAAAAAUGAGGCCUUGUUUCACUUGUGGCACAAGAUUUCUCUCUUUGCUUACGAUGAUGGUAAACGCUUUUAAAUAUCAGGCCAAGUCCUGUCCUAGGCACAGGUGACAGGAGCAAGUCAGUGUGGCCUUGUGUGCUCAGUUGGUUUGCCCUAGUAACAAAUGGCAUGGUAGGCACACGUGAAAUGAGUGCAGCUCCAACGUGCAUUUCAUCAUUUUUUUUUUCCUAUUUUUCCUCCUACACACGGCAGGAACUGCUGUGUGUGGAAAGUAGACGGUGUUUGCUGACAGGGAGGACAAAUCCCACUGGUGGAUGGGGAGAAAGUGCAGGGCACACAAUGAAAGAUAUGGAAAUAUUCCUGUGGCAGCUCCCCACUGCAGCCGCAAUCCAUGGGCUUCACCUGCAUUGACAUCAGCGUAACCAGGAAGAUUUUAAAUAUCCUCAAUUCAUACAUUAAUUUUUGACAAAUUUCCAUAUUGGAAUGUCCUGCAUGUAAGUUUGUUCUCAGGGAUAGUUUACAUGUCUUGCAUAAUUGAGUACUAAAAAUCCCAGAAAAUUAAAUCAAAACUGCAUUGGGAAAUACCCUGUAACCUCUUUGAAGCUUAUCUAUUACGUAUACACACACUUAUUUGUGUUUCUGACCAAUGUCUUCCCAACAAAUGUAGAAAUAUUGCGCAAAACAAAGAUUUAUUUUUUUAACUGUCUGUAUUAAUUCCUGUGUGAGUAACUUGAAUUCAUUCCCAUUUCCCCCUUAAAAAGCAGGAGGCCUGUGUAGUAGGAAUGGAGCAACAGGCUGGAAUGCCAAGGUAAGAGCAGCCUUUUCCCAAAAAUAGAGGAUCCAAAAAGUAGUGGCUGUAAGUUGAACUUGCAGAAUUAUCUUGAAUGGUACCAUGUAGAAUCAUGUCCUACUGAUGCCUGGAGACCUUUGUCUGAAUGACAUCUAAAUUUAGAGUCAUCUUAGCCAGGACUUGGAGCAUUCAAGGUCUUAAUUCUGGUCUCAAACUUGAACUGAGAUGUACUGACAGAAAGUGUUUUCCUUAUCCCCUAACCAACCUGCUUUUAAUUGCAGGGACUGUCCUUGAAUGAAAAUUAAAUGUUUGAAGCAAUUUAAGUUUAAAACAAGUCCUAGGACAUUUCCAAUAAUGAGUCCAGCUCACAACAAUUCUAGGCACCCUUGAUGUUCAAGGCUUAGCUUUCCCUGUUCUUGGAUUUUGGUGUUCCUCAAGGGUUGUUUUUAGACAGUGAGUGUUAGUUUUCACAUGUUUAAAUAUCCUUUCCAAGUAAGUUGCUUCCUGGCCUAUAGUUAGCCAGGGUCUGUUUACAGUGCGGAUCUAUUUACAUUGCCUUUUAAGUGACAGGUCCUCCAGAAAGUUUCAGUGCUUACAUGUUAGGGGUUGAAACUACUUGAAACAAACUGUAUUAUGUUACUAUCAUCCUGCUUAUGCUAGAAAAGUAAUCUCUCUGUUGAGGACAAGAGCUGUGAUCCAAGGAUUAGAUAUCUGAAUUUGGUAAGAAUCCUAUUUUUGUUCAUAAAACCAGGAAUGGGUUGAAGAUGAGCACUCUGCUACAGUGUGAAAGGUAACCUCUUGCAGUUAAGUGUUAUUUAAAACUUUAUCUCCAUAGCACUGCCACGUACUGGAAUGUACUGCAAGCACUCACCCUCCUUGCAUUUGCACUUUUAUUCUGUACAUGACCAAUGCUUGAAUGCAGGAGCAGGCAAAGUUUUAUGCCUUGAUGGUUUAUUUUUUUAUCUACUUUGCAUACAAGUACAUUGCAAUCUGUGGAUGUUCCAUUAUAUAUUUAAUAGUUUUUAUUCUGCUUGGUGUGGGCUUUACAUCAUACUGUAUAAUGUGAAAUUUAAUAGAUUGACUUGUGUCUUGACUGUAAUAAAUUCCUAUCUGGAGAAGGCACUCAGGUUCCUUGAUGUAAAUAAAGUUUUGGUCUAUUUUUCAAAGCUA